AUAUCCCCAUCGUACGAAAGUAAAUUUGGAAAAGUUAUACGGUUACUAUACUCCUACGAUACUCGUCGUCGUCGGAGUAAACGCGCCUUCGACGACGAGUAUUCGUAAACAUAGAAUUCUUCGUUUUUGUUCGAUAAACUUUGGCUAACCGCUACCGCGAUAGCGACAACAAUGUAGCGCGUGAGCGAUUGAAACCAUGGAAUGCCAAAAACAGCAACUAGUCGACUAGACCGCUGCCAUUGGCCAAGUAUCGGGUAGAAAGGUAGGUAGGUAGGUAGGUAGGUGAGAGAGACCAGGUGAGGGACCGGACGAUUGGAGGUGGAAGUGACGCGACCAGACAGGUAGGGAGCGAAAGUGAGCGCGCCUCCAAGAAUGGGCAAGAGAGAACGCACUCCUGCGAAGCGAAGGUGACGAUAGGAUCCGCGCGUAUCGUGCGUGUCGAUGCGCGCAUCUCAGCGUCCUGCCUUCGGUCCUACGUCCGACGAUAUAUCGCGCGACAAGUGCGCGAGGUGAGAACGCACGCCGCGCGGUGAUCGCGCACAUUCACAUCUCGACUGCGCGAAAAUGUGCUGAGCUCUCGCCGCUACAUCCUGGACGCGCAACGUGUAUGACGUGCUGAUACACCAACGAUUCGCCAACGCGCAGCGGAGGCCGUGCGGAAGAUAAGGAGAGAGGGAGAGAGAGAGAGAGAGAGAGAGAGAGAGAGAGAGAGAGAGAGAGACGAUGCGUGCCGUGUUACGGACGACGUCCUAACGCAACACGCGAGUCCUCGCGAUUCUCGGCGGUUCACGAGGUAGCGGAUGGAAGAGGAAGGUUGUUACCACGGCUCGAUGUGUAUUCAGUGAGCGUGAAGCCGCGCACGGAUCGUCGUUCGUCGUUCUUCGGCGUUACAGCGAAAAUUCGUCCUCGUCCUUGUUAACGACACGGCAGGAUGACGAGGAAACUGAGCAAGUUCCUGAUACUCUUCGACAAUACGAAUCUAUUGUAUUUUCCCGGCCACUUCUUAUCCGGUCGGGUUCUCAUCGAGCUGGACGAUGAGGCUUACGUCUCGGGACUGCAUUUCCAUGUUGUGGGCGAAGGAGUGGUUCGGAUACGCAGUCAACGCGCCGAGAGGGUUUACGACAAAGAGAAUUACAUCGAUUUUCGCAUGAGGCUGCUGGGCGAACCAGGCGAAGGACCGUCGCUGCUGUCCCCGGGAAUACACAGCUUCCCGUUCAAAUUGGGCUUACCAUUGGGUCUACCGUCCACCUUCCUCGGAAAGCACGGAUGGGUGCAGUAUUACUGCAAAGCGGCUCUCCGGGAGCCGGGCGGGCUCACGCACAAAAAUCAACAGGUUUUCAUCGUCAUGAACCCGAUCGACUUGAACCUGGAACCUCCGAUAUUAGCGCAACCUGCGAGACAAGAGAUCGAGCAACGCGUUGGUGUCUCUUGCGUCUCGGGUGGGCCGGUAUUCUGCAGAGUGAGUUUGGAUCGAGGUGGAUAUGUACCCGGGGAAACGAUCGGCAUUUCCGCGACCGUCAGCAAUCGCAGCAAGGUGACGAUGAAGUCUACCAAAGCGUCCCUCACCGAGACGAUACAAUACUUGUGCCGGGGUAAAGUACUCGCGAGCGAGACGCGCGAGCUGGCUAGUGUGUCGAGGGGAAAAAUUCGGCCGGGCGAGGGCGAGGAAUGGCUAAACGAGCAAAUGUACGUGCCUCCUCUGCCGCCGACUAAUCUGCGGGGAUGCCACUUGAUCAACGUUCUUUACCACGUUUACUUCGUCAUAAGCCCGAAGAGUCUGGACAAAGAGAUCAAGUUGCAAAUACCGAUCGUACUGGCCACGUACCCGCUACGACCAGAGGGUGCACCGGCAGGUACGGCGCCGUCCAAACGAGGCGCUCAUUAUCCGUCGACGCUACCCAUCUUCCGACCAUGGCUCGACGAUAAAGCUUUCGAGAUACAAGAGUAACGAACGCUCAAACUGAUAUCGAAACUGGUGCGAUUCUAGAUAUCUCUGGGUGCUAAAGAAACAUGAAUGAGGUACAAUGAACGUCUUGACGACGAAUGCGUCGCACACACGACGUCGUGUCGCCGCACGAUGUUGAUUCCGCGUCAAUUAUCUUCCUGGACAAAUAUGUGUGUAUGUGUAUGUACAAAUUGUAUGAUAAUGUUGUGUAAAAUAACGCUCACGAUGACACAUCUACGUUAAAAAUAUGCGUAAAAUAAAUGAUGUAACAAUAA